AUGCCGUUCCCGGCAGGAGCAGCUGCCAGUGUACUAGGCGGCAUCGGUCUCUUAUAUCUCAUCAACAACUCUCUGAACAACUACGCAUUGGGGAACUCUUCUCGGAUCCAAUGGGACUGGUGCAAGGAGAUUGUGCUUAUUACCGGCGGCUCCAGCGGGCUAGGAGAGCUUGUGGCGCGAAAGCUCGCAAAGCGCAGCGUCAAGGUUGUCGUUGUGGACCUACGGCCUCCCAAAACACCGCUACCUUCCAAUGUAUGGUUCUUCAAAAUGGACAUCACAUCGAACGAGGAUAUCAAGCAUGUGGGAAAGGAAAUCCGCAAGCAGGUCGGCGAUCCCACGGUCCUCGUGAAUAAUGCUGGCAUUGGCUAUGCCAAAACCAUUCUCGACAGUACUGACGAUGAGAUCCGCCGGACGUUUGAUGUCAACAUAGUCGCUCAUUUCUUCCUCGUCAGAGAGUUCUUGCCAUCUAUGAUCAGGACGAACCACGGCCAUAUCGUCACUAUCGCCAGUGUGGCAUCCUUUAUCGCCAUCGCAAGCAAUACAGACUACUGCUGCACCAAGGCUGCUGCCCUUACGUUCCACGAAGGCCUAGGGCAGGAGCUCAAAUAUCGUUACAACGCGCCUAACGUUCGAACCAGUAUCAUACAUCCGACGUGGGUUCGGACACCACUGAUAGAGCCCUUGAUACAGACGGGCCAGUUCACAGAUGCUGUGCUAGAGCCAGGGGACGUUGCUGAUGCCAUUGUCGCUCAAAUCCUUGGCGGCAAAAGCGGCCAGGUCAUUUUGCCUAGAACUCUUUCCUUGCUUUCAGGUGCGCGUGGCUUUCCAACUUGGCUACAGCAUAUGCUACGGAGCUCGCAGGCAGAUGUACUUCGAGUUGCUGAAAAUGUAGAACGACCAUAA